AUGGUCAAACGAAACAUCACCAUCGCAAUCAUCCUCAUCAUCCUCUUCAUCCUAAUCUCAUUCGGUGUCCUCAUCGCCUACGCCAUGAAGCACGAACUCGGUCCAUUCGGCCAAAAGCGCGUUUCCGACGAAGAGAGCGACGGCGGCGGAUAA